GAAUCACCUCAUCACUCAUCUUUCUCUCUCUCUCUCUCCCCAAACACUCGCACUCACAUUCGUUUCCGAUUUCUUGUUUCAUCGAGAAAUCCAGAGCAAAUAUGUUUAUCGAGAGCUUUAAGGUAGAAAGCCCUAAUGUUAAGUACGCUGAGGAUGAAAUACACUCUCUGUACAAUUACGAUACCACAGAGCUCAUUCAUGAGGAGAAAAACGGUGCUUAUCAAUGGGUUGUUAAGCCCAAAACUGUUAAAUACGAGUUCAAAACUCAAACUCAUGUUCCUAAAUUAGGGGUUAUGCUUGUUGGAUGGGGAGGCAACAAUGGCUCAACCCUAACUGCUGGUGUUAUCGCAAAUCGCGAGGGAAUAUCUUGGGCAACCAAAGAUAAAGUGCAACAAGCCAACUAUUUUGGUUCCUUGACCCAAGCAUCCACCAUUAGAGUUGGAUCUUUCAAUGGAGAGGAAAUUUAUGCCCCUUUCAAGAGCCUUCUCCCUAUGGUGAACCCAGACGACAUCGUUUUUGGAGGAUGGGACAUAAGCAGCAUGAACUUGGCAGAUUCCAUGGCAAGAGCCAGGGUUUUGGACAUCGAUCUCCAAAAGCAGUUAAGGCCUUACAUGGAAUCCAUGGUCCCACUCCCUGGAAUCUUUGACCCUGAUUUCAUUGCUGCUAACCAAGGCUCACGUGCUGACAACGUCAUCAAAGGAAACAAAAAUGAACAAAUCCAAAAAAUCAUCAAAGAUAUCAGGGAGUUUAAGGAGGCGAACAAGGUGGAUAAAGUGGUGGUAUUGUGGACAGCCAACACAGAAAGAUACAGCAAUGUGGUAGUUGGGCUUAACGACACAGUGGAGAAUCUUUUCAAAUCAAUAGACAAGAAUGAAUCCGAGAUUUCACCUUCAACCUUGUAUGCUAUUGCUUGUAUUCUUGAAAAUGUGCCUUUCAUUAAUGGAAGCCCACAGAACACUUUUGUACCUGGGGUUAUUGAUCUGGCCAUAUCGAAGAACACCUUGAUUGGUGGAGACGACUUUAAGAGUGGUCAAACCAAGAUGAAGUCUGUUCUUGUUGACUUCCUUGUUGGAGCUGGCAUAAAGCCAACAUCGAUCGUAAGCUACAAUCACUUGGGAAACAACGAUGGAAUGAACCUUUCGGCUCCACAAACAUUCCGUUCCAAAGAAAUUUCCAAAAGCAACGUUGUUGAUGACAUGGUUUCUAGCAAUGCCAUUUUAUAUGAGCCAGGCGAGCAUCCCGACCAUGUGGUUGUUAUCAAGUAUGUGCCAUAUGUUGGAGAUAGCAAGAGAGCAAUGGACGAGUACACAUCCGAGAUAUUCAUGGGAGGUACAAACACUAUCGUGUUACAUAACACAUGUGAAGACUCGCUUUUGGCUGCUCCAAUCAUCUUGGACCUUGUCCUACUCGCUGAGCUCAGCACUCGUAUCCAACUCAAAGCUGAAACCGAGGGAAAGUUUCACUCUUUUCAUCCGGUGGCUACCAUUCUAAGUUACCUAACAAAGGCCCCUCUUGUGCCACCAGGGACACCAGUGGUGAAUGCACUAGCAAAACAAAGGGCAAUGUUGGAAAACAUAAUGAGGGCUUGUGUUGGAUUGGCACCAGAGAACAACAUGAUCUUGGAAUACAAAUGAAGUGUGAAGUGAUAUGAAAUUGAAGAUGAAAGUGAUAUGAAUAUGGUUUGUAUUUCUUAAGAUUAGUGUUUUUCUGUGUUGUUGUUUGAAGUUUUCUUAUGUUGGUAACCACAAAUGUAAUGUGUGUACUUUUGCUUUGCUUUGCUUUUUUGCUUAGCUUAGCUUUAAGAAGUAAGUACCCUUUUAAUUUGGAAAUGAAUGAAUAUAUAUUGCAAAAAUAAUGCCAAAUUUUGUGGUGAA